AGGAGGAGGAGGAGGAGGAGGAGGACGGGACACUGCUGAUGCUGAUGCGAGAGCUUUCGGUGUCUGCGAUCAACAUCAGUGGACUGACUGCCAAAUGACGGAGCUUUUUGGCCUUAUUUAUUACCCUUUUCGUGUCGUUAUGGGUUUCGAAGAGGGACGCUGUGACCGAUGUGUUUUUUGAGACGAGAAUAAAAGAAGAAUUUGAGGAGGAAAGAACGGUUUCGUCUCGUCACUCGUCUGGCCUGUCUUGUUCCUGACACAGGUGGAUUGCCGCUGGAAAACGGCAUCGAAAUGAACACAUAAUCUUCGACUAUCACAGAGGCGACACUUUCCGUAGUUACCUCUUAAACCGUGGAAUAUUGAAGCGACCACAUGGUUCAAUUUAACUGAGAGAGGUGGUAGCUGGGCUGUUUGGCGUCUUGGCUAGCUAAUAGGCUAAUUUCGCUAGCUAGUCAGUUAGCAGCUUCCCUGUCCAAUGGCACGAAAGAAGUGGGAUGCUCGAAGGAGGAGUUAACGUUAGUUGCUAGCAUAAAUGCAUUGGAAAGGUUUUGACAGUCGGUGUUAUAUUUAGUAAACUGCCUUGUAAUGAGAGGGUUAACAUUAUAGCUAGAGGUUAAUUUAGGUUUGAGUAACACUGGCCACAUCGUUUCCUCGCUGCCCUGUCGGCUCCUCAGCAAAUUAGCUUGCCAUGGAUAACAUAAGAUAAUCGGUUAAGAAAGCUAAUGUUGACAAACACUGGUGACUUAACGCGUUGAUUUGUAUUGUUUCAAAUUGGCUCACGAGCAGAGAGUCAGACGUUUUUGUCAGUUCAGUUUUGAGAUUUAACUUCGGUGACUUGCCAGCUUUCAGGCAGAAGUGAAGCAUGUUGACGUUGGAUGUGCUAAAGCCGAAACAUUGGGCAACAACCAGGAGUGGACCUGCCAUGACAGGAAGGGACAUAGUGAGUCAAAACACUUUUACAUCAGUACGAUAUUCAGUACGGCUGAGACAUUAAUAUGAAUUUUGAGUUUAACGUUAGGUAACACUUGUCGAGAUGUGGAUGGCAACCACUAAAGUUAAAACAAAUGCAAUUUGUUAAUCCGUUGCCUGACUGACAUUUUUUUCUAAACCUACCUAGCUUUUUGAAACUACCCCUACUAGCCUACCUUAUACUAUUAUUUAUAAAAUCACAAUACAUGUUAGCGUUUUUUAAAUGUCAGAGGUAGACAAUGCUUGGAGGAAUUCGACACAUUAAUUUCACUGGAGAUGUAUAGUGCCAUUUAAAAACAUGGCAUUAAAACUGAAGAACUGUAUCUUGACAGCAGCCGUGAGAUAAGGCGUCACAAGCUUUCUCAAGUUUGCAAAGUGGAACAGCCAAUAUAAAUGGAGCCGACAGUUCUGUCUGGCCCUUUGGGGCACACACAGUGGGAGUCAGAACAGCCAUUUCCUCUUGGAUUUCACACACUGGAUUCAGACAAUGGAGGUGUGCUCUGUCCAAACAAGAGUGGCCAGACAGGUUUGGAUUUCAGAAAUGGGGACCAGGAUCCAACAUCCCAACAAAGUGAAGAAGAAAAUAUUUUCCAGGACAAUCCAGUAGAGUUGGACAACCUCUUAAAUAUCUCUAAUCUUUCUUAUGGAGAUUUGCAGUUUAAGGGAGAUCAGUCCACUAUUUCCCAAACUUCUCUCCAUUGUACUCAUAUAGAGGAAUUGUCCCUCACAGAGAAAACUGAGGGACCUGAUGAAAUGAGUGACUGCACUUUGUCAUGGCUAUUUUCUCCCAAACUCACUGAUGUGGUUGGGAAAAACUCUGCCAGUGAUGAACUGAGUCUGACACAGGAGCACCCUCUUGAGAGCUCAAAUGCCCUCAGUAGUCAGGCUGAGCUAAUAAGCCUCAGUGUACCGGUCUCUCCAUCGAAAUUUUCCGAGACCAACACAGGGGAUCUAUUUUUGUUGGUAGAUCUCCUCUCAAAUGACCACUCUUGUCUCCCCCCAGAGUCCUCAGGUGCGUUGAACCCACAGGGUGUCAGUGAGGAGCUGGUAGACCUGUCAGAAGAGGAGCAGGCAGGUCUCCCUCCCUCACAGAACAGGGAGACUUUGUCACCUGUAACCGAAGACAAAGGUUUAUUCCCUGAUCAAGUGACUGUAACCUGUAGCACUACCCUGCAAGGUUUACCUGAGGACCGCCUCCCGCACAACCACAUGAGCACGCAACUGGACUGUUACGAAGGAUCUGUGCCUUUGUUGGAUUUAGAGGUUCCAGAUUGUGACAGCAGUCUGAGCCUGUGCCCUGCCACUCCUUCCUCUGUUAUCUGCACAGGUGUGCCAUUACAUUUAUCAACAGAGGAGUCGGAGGUGGAACAUGCAGGAGCUACUGCAAUUGGAAAUGUGACUUCAGAGCAACAAGGUGAGAAUGACUCAUUUGCUCUGAGUUUGUCAGCUGAACCUUCAUCACUGACAGUGCCUCUGGCUGAAGAUGCCUUCAUCCAGGGUGGUUUCACCAGUGGGAGUUACUCUGUGGAAAAUGAGUCUAAGGAUUUGAUGGAAGACAAGAUUUGUUCUGAAGCCAAACAUCAGGGGAAUGAGGCAAUGGCUUUGGAUCUGUGCUUGACUGCUGAUGAGGUCCAUGAUGAGGAAACUUGGGACUUGAAACCACAGGAGGGUGUACAGAAUGGAUGUGUUCCUGAUCCGACAACCGAACAGAGGGAAGAGGAGAGGUUGACAGACACUAACCAGCUCCAAGGAUCAGAUUGUCAUGAAGUGGCAUCUUUUGAUUUUUCAGUUCAGGACUUACACACUUCUUCUCCUGAGGCUGGAUGGACUAGUGAGCAAACAGUGGAGACAAUUUCCCUCUCUAAGAUGGUGGUAGAUGACUCACUGCCAAUGGUCUCAGCUGUGACUACAAGGGAGGAAGAUGUCUCUCCUCUAAAAGCUGUUUUCGAUGCUUUAGACCAAGAUGGAGAUGGCUUCGUUCGUAUUGAGGAGUUUAUGGAGUUUGCUGCUGCCUAUGGGGCCGAUCAGGUGAAGGAUCUGACCAAGUUUUUGGAUCCCAGCGGCCUGGGAGUGAUCAGUUUUGAAGACUUCCACCGUGGAAUCUCUGCAAUUAGCGGUGGAGGUCCAGAGCCACAGCUCUACAAUGUAAACUACAGUCCAGGGGAUGGAGCUGUGGGCUGUCCAGAGGAGUACGAUGAGCAAAAUGAGGUUACAGACAGUGCGUACCUGGGCUCCGAGAGCACUUACAGUGAGUGUGAGACCUUCACUGAUGAGGACACGGGGGCCCUCGUACCCCCCGAGAUGCAUGAGGAUGUAGAGACGGACAGUGGCAUUGAGGCCACACUGCACGACCCUGAAGAUGGCGUUAAUAGGUUUUCCCUGAACUCCGAGCUCCAUAACCACUCCUUGGUGACGGUCAUCGGUGGAGAGGAGGAGCACUUUGAGGACUUUGGGGAAAGUAAUACCUCAGAGUUGCUACAGGAGAGCAGCGUGGAGGGCACAGAGGAGGGGGGCAACUCCCCUCUCGUGCAGCCACCUGAGCAGGUCAAUGGCUCCUCACUGCUCUCUCCCAGUGCACCUGCUCCUCUCCCUGACUGCUUUCAGAGCUUCCUCAGGGAGGAGGCGCUGGACUUUUUCUGUAGCCAGUGUCACAAACAAAUAAGUCGUCUGGAGGACCUCUCCACUCGCCUCAAUUUCCUAGAGAUGACUAGCGCUGGCAAGAGGCUGUCCAGCAAGAAAGUAGCAAGACAUCUCCUCCAGAACAGCUCGAUGACUCUGGACACCAUGAGUGACUUAACGCGGGAUAUCCUGGAGCUCGCUGACAACGACAUCACGGACAAGGUGCUCCUCCUUGAGCGUCGAGUGGCAGAGCUAGAAAAAGAGUCGGAGGCAUCGGGGGAGCAGCACGCGCGGCUGCGCCAGGAGAACCUUCAGCUGGUGCACCGGGCCAAUGCCUUGGAGGAGCAACUGAAGGAGCAGGAGGUACACGCUGAUGAGCAACUACAGCAAGAGACCCGUCGUCACAAGGAGGCCCUGAUCAAGCUGGAGAGGGAGACGGGGCUGGAGCUGGAAAACCUGCAGGCCAGGCUGCAGCAGCUGGAUGAGGAGAACAGUGAGCUGAGGUCAUGUGUUCCCUGUCUUCGAGCAAACAUCGAGAGACUAGAGGAGGAGAAGAGGAAGCUGCAGGAUGAUACAGAAGCCAUGUCCGACAAGCUGACGGAGGAAACGGAGUCCCGCAGGAAGAUGGCUGACAAGCUGAGCCAUGAGCGCCACCAGAGCCAGAAGGAGAAGGAGUGCACGCAGGAGCUCAUUGAAGACUUGCGAAAACAGCUUGAGCACCUACAGCUGUACAAGUUGGAGGCCGAAGCAAAGAGAGGGCGCACACCCGGCGCAGGGCUGCAGGAAUAUCAGACCCGCACCCGCGAAGCCGAGCUGGAGCAAGAGAUCAAACGACUCAAACAGGACAACCGCAGCUUGAAGGAGCAGAAUGACGAGUUAAAUGGCCAGAUUAUCAACCUGAGCAUCCAAGGAGCCAAGAACUUGAUGUCGGCCUCCUUCUCUGACUCCCUGGCAGCUGAGAUCAACUCUGUAUCUCGUGUAGAGUUGAUGGAGGCCAUCCACAAACAGGAGGAAAUCAACUACAGACUCCAGGACUACAUUGACAAAAUCAUCGUGGCCAUCAUGGAGUCCAACCCCUCCAUCCUAGAGGUCAAAUAGAGAACACACAGUGACUCCUCAGGCUGGUAAAAAUAUUGGAGACUCGGCUAAAAGAAUACUACCAAGAGAGGAUGUAAAAAUAUUCUGACAUCAUUUUGGUAGGAAAACAACAACGCACUCAACUCAUCCAACUCCCCCCAAAAAGACGAAUUUAAGCUUUCUAAGAAGUCCAUGGCUGUCUGUGAAAAAUAAGCAAUUUUCAGUUAGAUAUCCCUGUGUGUGUAUGUGUUAACCCUCCUGAAUACACUUGGGUUCUGGUGACUUCCAUGUAUUUGGCUAGAGGGACCCGAGUCUCCUCUGUCGAGUGAGUGAAUGUGUAAAUGUGUGCAAGAGGUCAGUAACAUAAAGAGUAGAAAAUCUUCCCAUCCCUUUCCAAAAACAAAGUGUCAGUGUUUGAUUGAUGGAAAAAAACAAACAAAAAAAAAACUAUCAGACAAUUAUACAGUACCGAAAGGCCUUAAAUGAAAGGUGAUCAAAGUAUUCAUUAAUUAUACGUACCAUACAUACCUCAUUUCAGUCAGUAUAGUGUUCCUGGGACAGUGGUGGUACAGUAUGCGGGCUGUGAUCUCCUGAACCAGGCUGAAUCGUGUUUUAAUCACAAGUGAGAAAUGAAGCACUGGAGAGGAGAUCGGAGCAGCGAUUUCUCUUUUUGAAUUUGUCUUUUAAUAUGUUUAAAGCUUGCUGUGCUGCCUACCAGCCCCUACAACUGUGUUCUGUCCUUUCACCAUGUUCGACUGUCUUUCUUGUGAACCCAAGUGACGGACAUUUCUAGGGAUUGAGGAUGAGAAAUGCCCGGAGGGUUUUUGUGUGUGUGUGUGUGUGUGUGUGUGUGUGUGUGUGUGUGUGUGUGUGAGGUGUUUGACAUUUGCUCUGUUACUUAAAGGUUUUGAAAAAGCUUAGUGACACUAAGAGGAGUAAUAUAAGCUUCAUUAUCCAAAAUGAAGGAACUGGGUGCUUUAUAAUUUGCCUCAUCUCAUUUAUUUUUAUUUUUACAAUGAAACAGGGUCCCGGAGCUCAGGUGGGCUGGAAACCUCCAGUGGAAAAAAUACAUUUCCCAUCACUCCAAGGUACAAAUUUUAGGUAACUCAAACGUAUCUCACUAAGUGUAGACUGGGUACUGUAACUGACAAAAUAUAACCUGCUCAUACUGACAAGUUCACUUUGUAAACUCUCACAACACUUGAACUAAGCAUGAAGGGAAACUGAUGAGUGAUUCUGGGAAUUGUAGUGUAGUUUAGUUUUUUUUGAAGUACAGCCCACCUGACCCCAGGGUUCUCUUGCUGAGUGAAAGUGAUGAGGAGAAAGCUUAUCCAGGUAACCAAACUCCAUUUUUAAUUUUUUUUUGUCCCUAUUGAUUUAUCGUUGGUAAAAAUGUUAUUGAGAUUGUAAAAUGCUGUAUGUGAAUAGUCAAAUGGUUGUACUUUGCACUAAGUUUUGUUUUGAUUUCAUUAUUGUUUUGUUUAUAGAAAAAAAAUGUUUAUUGUGAAGGGAUCACAUCUUAAAUGAAGAUAGUUUUGAAGCCCGUAUGAAGCCGAAAGUAAGCGGGAUUUGUUGCUACUGACAUUCCAGCAAUGUUGGGACUGGUGUUGGCUGCAGACAUCCCACUCCUGUAAGAACAUCACGCUAAUUUUAAUGCCAUAUUGAAUUGGAAAUAUUCAAGAAUACUACAAAAAACUUUGCAGCCAUGUCUUAGAUGAGUUUAAUUUCCAUUUACUUACUGUAUUUUUUUCAGGAGUUCAGAUAUGCUUUUUUGCUGGCUAUUGGCCAGUUGUAUCUUUUUCCUGAUCUGCAGAUAUAAUACUGAAGAGACAUGGCAGCCUUUGGUAGCAAUAAUGCUUGGCAAGAAAGUGGACAUUGGUGGAGGGCAGAUGAACCAAACCCGCUCUUUAUUUCCUCAUCCGCUUUUUCGAAGAUGUACGGACUGAUUUUGGACUGGUGCCGUGCUUAUCGGUACUGUGCAGCCCAUCUCACUAUACUUCUGGACAUUUCUUUCUGACUCUGAACCUGGACACAAGUGUCGGAUUUACCUACCAGACAUCUUGACGGACUUAUAAUUGGUUGGGGAGGUUGUUUUUGUCCAAACAGCAUGGCGUUCUGCACCAAUAUGCUAAGAAGAAUUCCUAUUUUUCACCCUGUUCACCUCUAUCUCACUGCUCUUCUUCACCUGCCACUCCAUGGAAAAAUGGCCUUGGAUGUAAAUGACUUGUACAUGUAAAGUUUUUUCUACACUCAUUCUAGAUUCUAGGUAUUUUUAUAGUCAGAAGAAAAAGAACAUUUCUUCUUCUUGUCUUAUGCUGAGACAGCUGCCUGUAUUCUUCUCUAGCAUGUAGCGUGUACAGUAUCCGUUGUUUUUUUUUUUUCUUGUUUUAAAUAACAUGCAGAUAUUUAUUCAUCAUUUGACAAAAUCGACAACUGACACUCUGUGAUCUGUUCUGCUGAAAACACGUUUGUACAUUUUUUUUAAUUCACAAGGGGAGAUUAAUUGGUGGUGAAUGAAUCUGUUGGGAGAAUUGAUUUGAAUUAAGAGAAAUGUUCAAAGCAAAGUUGUAUCGUCGGUUGACUCGCCAUCGUGUGCAAACGCUUGAAUGUGACCCGCUCGGAGUGGUCGUUUGUUGAGGUCGUUGCACUCUUCCAUAAUGCUGACGUUGCUGUGACCUCUUCAGGGUUGUGGUUUUAGAUAUAUGGCAGAGUCUGCAGUUUCUACUGUUGUCUUCCCAGAUGGAGUCAGGUCCUGCAUGGAAACACUGAUUUUUGUUGUAGAUCUCUGAUUCAGUUGUUUUGACCUAAGGUUUUAACUGACAAACCAUAUGCUAUCAUUUCCAUUAGUGGAGUCAUAGGUUGUGAGACCUCAACACAGGACACGUAAAACCUCAUACCCAGGCUUUCUGAGUUCAGCUUCCUGCCUUUUAGUGUGACUGGAGAUUUGUCCCAACAGAUUUAAUACGUCAUUCUUUAUAGUAAUUAAUCAUUUUUUGCAUUAUAAAGAGGAAAUGGAAUGACACUUGAACACAGCAGGCUAUACUACACUUAAUUUUCUCCCUGCUUCAUAUUUUAGUGUCUGGUUUUGACAGAUAGUUUGGGGACUAACUUGGCUGGCAACAGAAUGACUAGACAGUGAGACCACAGAGCUGACAAAACAUUCCCCUUUUAGCAGAGCUGAAGGUGAUUGCACUUUAACCAGAUCCAAAUUUCUCCAUUUUAACUCCCGCUUUCAAUAUGACCAAAGACAGAUGUUUGAACUUAAACUGAUCGUUUUAUCUAUCAGGGUCCGUGAUCGCACUUUUGGUAACACUUUCCUGUUCUAAUAAAUCAUAAAUCAGCAGACUCUGAGCUUGACCUUAAAGAAAGAAACAAACUGGCCUGCUAGUCUAAACACUGUGCCUCUGGGUCUCAAGCUUUGCCUAUAAACUAACCUGAUGAUGAGCCCUGGGGAAAGCACUGACCACGUGACUGUCAGUUUACUGUAAAUAUGAAUCGUCAUUUUUGUGAUUUCUUUUUCUCUCUCACGCUCACUUCCAGUGUCCAAAGAAAGUUUGCUCAAGGCACAAACAUCACUACUGUAGUAGUGCAUGGCUUGCCAUUAUGUGACAUGGGAAGAUAAAGAGAAUAUUGUAGAAAAGAGAAAGUUAAAUUUAUGCCUAUUUUCAAAGAUAAAUGUAUAAAUUAUAACAGUAUUGGUUACAGCUGUAUAUUAUUUUUGAAGAUUCUCCAUAUGAUCUAAUCCUAAUUGUUACUGGGGAAAUUUCAGUCAUUGUAAAAAGAGAAAAAUAUAAAGGUAAGCAGUGAAAGUAAGAUUAGAAAAAUAAAUGGAAUAAAACAA